GUCUAUGCGAUGAGUAUUGCUCUAGAAAAAGAGUAUGUCCGUUCGGUAUACUCACGUCUUGCUACAUAUCAGAAAAAGGAUCAUCGUCCAUCAUCUUUAAGAGUUUGGCCGAAAGUGCGCAAUUUCGUGGAGUCUCAAACAUAUGGCAGCGUCGUUAUUGAUGUCGGCUGUGGUGAGGCCAAGUACACUUCUUCUACGUCAUUAGUCCUUGGAAUUGAUACAUGUGCUGAUGCGCUUGUAGGAAGGCGUAGACGUAAGGCCGAACAUCUUGAUCUUCUGCUUGGUGACGCAUUGUCGCUUCCCUUUCGGGACAAUACCGCUGAUGCGAUACUGAACGUUUCUGUUUUACAUCAUAUAUCGACAGUAGAACGAAGAAGAGUAGCUUUAGAAGAGUGUGGCAGAUGUUUGCGACCAGGAGGACAAAUGUUGAUAUAUGUAUGGGCGUUUGAACAACCGAACGGUACAUUUCCUUCGCAAGAUCUUCUCGUACCUUGGAACCUCAACGAGAUACCUCUAAAUGGUUAG